GUUUCUUACUCACUCCAUUUUAUACCACGAAAAAGCCAUUUCCAACCGUCACCAUUCUCGUAACGCAAUUCAAGGGGCAUUCAACAAUCCCGAAAACCCAAGGAUCGAGAAUUGAAUCCUUUCGCGAAUGCCUUCCUUCCCGUCUUGUAGAUCAUGCAAGCAAAUAGGCUACCCAUUUAUCUCGUUGGAUUUACGAGCACAUCCGGUAGGCACGAUACCAAUCCAGAUAUCUAUCUAAUUGUUUCUAUAUUAUCAAAAAUUCCACUUCUUUACUAUAUACACAUCAGAUCUAUGCGAAAUCAAAGCCUUCUUCUUAUCGCGGUCGCAUUCAUGGUCACUUGUUGGCCCUUGGCCUUGAUAUCACCGAUCCAUCAAUAAAAGGAACCCCCACCAAAUGUACCGAAUCUAUUUCCUCCUCCAAACUAUUGAUUUGAAAAUGUAACCAUCAUACAUUACUGUAUCAUAGCCUCAAAGUAGUUCUUUCUUGAUUUGAUAAUCAAGCCAUAUAAAUUUCACAAUUAUCAUUGGUAAGGUAGUAAGCCUUACGGUCCGUUCCUCUACAGAAUUCUGCACGAAUUAUUUAGCCUGUCGUUUAUGAUGGUUCUUCAACUCGAUCUUAGAGAUAUACGCCAAGUCUGACGUGCAGACACUGCUGCGCCUAUAAUUGUUCUGAUUUUCGGUGGGAUGUCCCACUCUAUUUACUCUAUUAUUGGCUAUAAAGCCUAAAAGUGUGCGCCAAACCGCAGUGAAGCGCUUAGCCGAUCUUCAUGGAGGGGUUAUCUCGAGUUGGUGGAUGAUAUCUAGGAAGACUCGGCCAAUUUUUGGAAUAUAUUUGAUACUCUUUUCUCCGGUGCAUCUUUUGAUUUAGCCAAUGUUCUCCUUAUCCAUGCCUUGGUUGUAUGGAGUUUCAAAAUUUUAAUCUUCCUUUACCCUUUUAAUUUUAGGUUUGAGCAUUUUCUAAGAGUGAUAUCAUGGUCUAUACUGAGUCCAAAUUUUCACAUCUUUCAUACUCUACCGUCGGUCAUGGUAGGACGGAUUCCCCAACAUUCAUCGAUGAUGCUUUCACUCCUAUAUCCGGAAUUGGCGUUGCCAUACCCUAUCCCGUUCUACAACGAACGUUUUUGUUGGACCCUACGCCCCCACCAAGUCCAGUACAUCAGAAAUUCAAAUAUACAUCAUCUGCCACUUCAUCAACAAUACAAGGACAGCAAGAUCUUAUAACAUUUGACAAACUUCCAGAAUGGAGCCAGGAUAACCCCCAUAUCCACUCUGGAUAUCGACAAAUAUCUCAUUCUACUUCCACCUGUUUACAUUCCUGUGUCCAAAUCCAUAAUGAAACUUUCAACAUAUGGUCUCAUUUCAUUCCUUGUAUCUUAUUCAUUAUUCUCGAAGGCAUUAUUAUGUAUUAUCUCAAUACGCGCUACCCUAAUGCUACGAUCAAAGAUCAUAUUAUCUUCUCAUUUUUCAUUCUCUGCGCAACGAUAUGUCUAGGCAUCUCGGCAAUUUUCCAUUCCCUUAUUUCACAUUCUCAAAAAGGCCGCGACCUGUGGUUAAAACUCGAUUAUGUGGGGAUUGUCUUUCUCAUCAUUGGAUGCUUCAUUUCAGCUGUAUAUAUGUCUUUCUUUUGUCAACAGACUUUACAAUAUGCUUAUUGUGGAAUGAUUCUAGCAAUGUCAAGCACGGCAUUAGUUUUCCUCCUCCUACCUGCUUUUCAAGGACAUCGAUGGCGUUCUUUUCGUGUAGUAGCUUUCUGUGCAACAGCUGUUUCGGUUCUUAUUCCCUUCGUCCAUACAAUAGCGCAGUCUGGAUGGGACAAGGCGAUGGAGCAAUCGGGUAUGCCGUAUUACUUCGCAGAAGCAUUACUGCUUUUAGUCGGUGUUGUUUGUUUUGCUAAACGAUGGCCAGAAUCGUGGAUUCCAGGUAGUUUUGAUCUAUUGGGCAAUUCACAUCAGAUAUUUCAUCUGCUGGUUGUGUUGGCCAUGGUGUUGCAUUUUGUGGGACUUUUACAGGCGUUCAAUUAUAAUUAUGCGAAAGGGGAAUGUAGAGGGACUAUUUCAUAGGAUGGGUUUGAUAUAUAUGGAGUUAUGGAAUGGUGGGAAAGGAUAGGGAUUGUACCAUAAGGUUGUAUUAUAUGUAUGGAGCUGUGAAACGGUUGGGAAAUAGGAAAGGGAUGUUUAAAUUGGGAGCGACGGUUUAGGCUGUGGUUCACACAUCAGGAUUUCAUUGUGGUAAUGUUGAGACGAAUUCAUGAUGAAUGGGAUGAAUGGGAUGAAUUGGAACAUAGAUAUGGGUAUGGACCGAUGAAUAUACAUUGGAUUGGAUUGGAAAAGAUAAAGUAGGAAUCAUAUAUCCUCGAGGAAUAUUUUGUGUGAUUUAUGAGGAUUGGAGAUGAAAGGAGAUGGGAAUGAGGCUGAAAACGUGGUAGUUAUUUUAUUGCAUCUUGAACUUAACUCGGAAGCUGCAAUGACAAUACCCAAACAAGCA